AUGUCUUUCAACGACAGAAACGUGGAGAAAACGCAACUGAAUGCCGAGCAGCUACAAAUGUUGCUGAACAAAAUGUCCAGUGAUGAACGAGAUGAGCUGGCCAAGGCGUUGAAAUCUUGUACCACUGAGGUUACAAUGACUCGAGGAAUUCCUAUUACGGUGGCUGUGCUGGGUUCGUUGUACUUUGCACGUACACGCCUUCCUCCCCAAUACCAUUUUGGUCCGAAAGGAUGGCCAUUCUAUGCUAUCAUGGGGAUUGCUUCUCUAACUGGCGUCAAUGUACUAUCAAUGGGGAUGUGUCGUGAUCGUGUUCAGCCGUUUCUUGGGCAGAUGUGGCAAAAGUACGGCAUUAGUCAGUCUGCCACUAAAUACGAUGAGAUACGUCGACGCAAUAGACAAGAGUACGGAUUUCAACCAAACGAUAUUUCCACGACAAGCACCGCCGCUCAACAACAAGGCCUCAGCUAUUCGCAUAUACCAAAUGAGCGCCCUGUCACGGAUCCUUAUGGACUUGAGGCCGCGACAGUGCAUUCUUUAACUGAUGGAAUGACAAGCGAUAUAGGAAAAUACGAACGAACUUUCGACUUCACCUUUGAAAGUGGUGCAUCAGAUAUUCGACCCCGAACAGUGCCGGUUCCUUACGGUUCCAUGUACGGCGGUGAUACCCCGGUAUACAUGUCUGGCACUCCUACUAGUCGAAUAUCACAUCCUUCGUCUGAAUUCACACGGUAG